AACUGGAAGAGGAAUAUGACGAUGAUGAAACCCCUAAAUUUCUGGAGGAUGAAGUUGAGGCAGCCUUGAAAAAAUUGAAGAAUAGGAAGGCACCUGGAAUUGAUGGCUUGCAUGGAGAAUUGCUUAAGUCAAUGGGUUUUGAGGGAAGAAGGAUUAUAAGUCAUGUUCUCAAUAAAAUUCUUGCAGAACAACAACUACCCACAGACUUUACUAAUUUAAUAUUUAUACCUAUACCCAAAAUAGCAGGAACACUGGAAUACGACAAACAUAGAAUAAUAAGUUUAAUAAGCCAUAUCUCAAAAGUUUUAACUAGUACUAUCUAUAGAAGAAUAGAACCGAAAAUUGAAGUAGAACUAAAUGAUACACAAUUUGGUUUUAGAAAGAACAAAGGAACUAUAGAGGCCAUUACAUUAAUUAGACUUAUUGGAGAAAAAAUGAUUGAAAAAAACAGAGAUCUUUAUCUGUGCUUUGUGGACUAUGAAAAGGCGUUUGACGAUGUUAAUCACACAAUUUUAUUUGAAAUACUUCAAAAAAUUGGAAUAGAUAAAAGGAUAAUUAAAAUUAUUCUCUUUUUAUACAAAAAUCAGAAAGCAAUAAUAAAAAUUGACGAGGAAGAAUCCAACUGGAUAAGGGUGGAAAAAGAAGUGAGACAGGGAUGCGGACUUUCGCCACUGUUGUUUAAUAUUUACAGUGAGUGGAUGAUGCGAGAAGCACUUGAGGAUUUUAACGAAGGAGUGAAAAUCAAUGGAUGCUUAAUAAACAACAUAAGAUACGCUGACGACAUAGUCCUGCUGAGUGAAAGUAAAGAGGGAUUACAGAAAAUUCUGAAUUGACUGUUCAAAACUGGAUUGGAGAAAUUCCAUGUGAAAAUAAAUGAAAAGAAGACAAAAGUAAUGAAGGUUUCAAAGAAGGAAGAUAUGGAUGAAUUCCAGAUCAUUUUGGGAAAUAGGGAACUUGAAAGGGUUAAAAAGUUUGAAUACCUGAGAAGCUGGAUAACAAGUGAUAAUAGAUGUAAAAUGGAAAUUAAAAGCAGAAUUAAUAAAGCAAAAGCUGCCUGUUAUCAGAUUUAUCAUAUAUUAACAAACAGAGGACUUAAUAUAAAACUGAAAAUAAAGAUCCUAAGGACAAUGAUCUGGAGUGUACUAACAUACGGAUGUGAGGCAUGGACUCUUACGCAUGAAAUGAUGGAAAGAAUUAACUCAUUUGAAAUGUGGUGCUUGAGAAAGAUGCAAAGAAUAAGUUGGACGGAGAAAAUAACAAAUGAGGAAGUUUUGGACAGGCUGGGCUUGAGGAGAAGGUUACUUAUAAAUAUCCAACAAAGAAAGGUACGAUAUGCUGGACAUUUGGCUAGAGGAUCAGGAGGACAACUACUAAAGACUGUGAUUGACAGACUGGUGGAGGGGACAAGACCUAGAGGAAGACCCCGAAAGACUUGGAGAGAUAAAUCCUUUCCAGUCCAGUCUUUGAUGUUAAGAGAAGCCUGGAAUAGAGAAACAUGGAGAAGAAUAGUUCAUCAAAUGCAACCCUCUGUAGAGAGGAUGCCACUAGAUAGAUAGAUAGAUAGAUAGAUGUAUUGUUAUCACAAGAUUAAUAGAAAUGUGGCUUAUAUACUUUAAAACUGAAUUUUUUCCACUAUGUAAUUGACUUUUGUUUACGAUAUCAUAUACAGUAAUAGACAAGUUGAUAUUACUGUAUACAGUGAACCCCUUAUAUUUAUGAUAACAGAUUCACUGAAAUGGGGUAAAGAUACAUUGAUUUGGCAUCUGGACCUGAAGAAAACAAA